UUAGAAGUAGAUAAGUAUACUGCGUCUCUCUCAUCUCUCUCUGUCUCCUCUCUCUUUCUCUCCGUGUUCGAUAUGUGGAACUAUGGCUUCACCCGUCGUCCUAAAACAGUAGACGACGUCAAUAACGCUGCCGCUGGGGUGGCCAUCUGCAGCGUUUUGUUGGCAGUUAUAGUUUUCUUUUCCGUUAUUUGGAAGUUGAUACUGUGGGGGGGUGACCCCCUAAACGUAGACUUCCAGAUUGAGUCGGCGACCGUGUCCGGACUGAACCUCAAUGGCACUAGGUUAACCGGCACUUGGGAUUUCACCCUUGUUGCCACAAACCCCAACGAGAAGGUCACCAUCAACUGCGACACCAUCGACGUCUCGCUGUUCAAGCAUUACAAACCCUACUACACCACCAACCGGCUGCCUUCCUUGUUUGUCAACUCCUCCGGUCACAGCCAUGUCGAUUUCAAAUUGGGUUUAGUGGACCACUAUAUCAGCGAUAGUGACGCCAUUGACAUCUUUGAAGAAACAAUCACUCGAGGUUUGGUCACUUUUCAGCUCAGGCUGGAGGUAUUCUUCACUUAUAGGACCAAGUUUCGGGAUGUCUGGGAUUUGGAAGAUGCCGGCUUAUAUACGGCCAUGACCUGUAAUCCGGUUCAAUUUGUAUUUUCCCCAAAUAAUGGCACCGGAGUCUUUACAGGUCCGUCAACUGUAUGCUACCGUGGAAGUCAUCUAUGACCUGUAAUCCGGUUCAAUUUGUUUUUUCCCCAAAUAAUGACACCGGAGUUUUUACAGGUCCAUCAACUGUAUGCAACCAUGGACGUUAGGUUCUGUUGUAGCAUGUAGUCAUCUUUCGUAUUUUGAUGUUAUAAUUCUGGUUAAAUGGAAAAAUUAUGUUUAUUUUUGCAAUC